AUGAAAGACACUUCUGAUUCAUAUGAUAGAAAUAUGUUAUGGAUGAAACCAACAAAUGUCUUUAACAGUUUUAUCAGCUUGUUUAAAAACGAAUCCAGAAAUCGUGCUGUUUUUGGCAUGUUGUUUACAUGUCAAUUAGCAGUAGUUGUCAGAGUAGGAGGUAAAUUACAUUAUAUUAAGUAUACAAUAAUAUAAAUUGUUUUCUAUAUGUUAUUGGAAAUCAAUGUUUCAGUGGAAUAUUUUUCAAUAAUGAAUUUAUUGGCAUAUGCAUACAUGGGUGAUAUAACAUAUGUUUAUUUUAAUAUUUCCAAAAUGGUGGCUGUGGUUUUUGGUAACUAUUAUUAUUUUACAUUGUUAUUACUGUGUACAAUAUAAACUACACUCCUGUCGGGUGUUAAUUAUUUUAUUUCUAAAACAUUAAAAUUCGUUUUCUGAAAUCUGCCAGUAUAAAGAACUAAGACUUUUUAAAAAUAUUUGUUAAAUUAUAUUUUUGUCUAUAUUUAUACAAUGAGUAUUCCUAAUUACUUAAAAAAAUUCUGUGCGCUAGAGAAUGUAUAAUUCAUUUCUAUUAUUAAUUGAGCUUAUUUUAUUUCAGGUGCUUUGUUUUCCGGUGUUGUAUUGAGUAAAUGUAUGAAAGUAAAUGAUAUAGUCAUUGGCCUCUUAACAUGUAGUGUUUACAUUGUUGUAGCCACAUGCUAUAUCUUUGUAAACCGGCUCUAUCAACAUUGUAUAAGUGAAUAUUAAAUAUAUUUUAUUGUUAUUCAUUAUGAUUAUGUAUAAUUUGUACAAUCAAUAUUUUUCUUAUAGUUGUAAUAAUAUAUUUAUGCCAUGGAUCCAUUAUUGUUAUCAUGACAUCGUUAACAUCUAAAAUGGUAGAAACUGAAGAACUUGGUAGGUAUUUUUGUCAUAUUUUUUUAUUUAUUUCGUAUAAUUAUAUUUUUUUAAUAAUAUUAUUUUAGGUCGGUUUAAUUCUAUCCAAUCUACUAUUGGUUCUGUUUUAAUAUUUUCUAUUGCCGAAAUAUGUAGAUUCAACAAUCACAAUAAAAUGGUUCAUUUAUUUAUGGUAUUUUUUUUGUAUGCGAUUUUGACCUUACCCAUUGUUUUAGUGUUAAUGUAAGUAACGCUUUUUAUCUGAAUAUUUAAAUGCGGUUAUUAUUAUUAAUUCUAUAUUUAAUUUUAAUGUUUUUAGGUUUCUUUAUUUCAAAUGCAAAGAUUGGUUGAAAACAGAAAACGUUACACUACAAAAAAAUUCUGUUUAUACUAUAUUAUCUAGUCAUUAA